CUUCUUUCGUGACGUAUAAUGGACUGGACGGACGCUUCUUCAGGAACAACAAGGCGCCAACUCUUUCAACCACGUCGGUAGCUUGCUAGCCAACAUAAAACUGAAAGAUUGACGUUUUAGACCAUGCUAAUGUACAUUAUCUAAUCUCAGUGUUUUAAACGAUUUUCGGUUAACGUAUCAACUGGUUCAAUUUGCAAACGUGUUAAAGAUUGAUACUGAGCCUAGCACUAGGCUAGACGCUAAUGCUAGCUAGCUAGCUAACAUCCCUGACCAUGAGCUCACUAAACUACUCCUCCCUUACUAAUGAAGAGGGGGUCUGCUGUAUGGAGAAAGAAUCUUUCAGAAUGAAAAAGGAGGAAGAGGAGGCUGUUAUAGUGAAAGAAGAGAAAGAACCGUUUAGAGAGGAAGAUGAUGCUAUCUCAAUAAAGGUGAAGGAGGAAGACUUUUUGGGAGUGAAAGAGGAGGAGACAGAAUAUCAGAUUAACACCAGAGAGACACAUGACUAUCGUGGAUCCUCUGGGAAGCCUCAACAACAUCCUGAUGCUGACGAGGAAGAGAAGAGUCUCUCCAGAUCAGAACACCAGAUGGACAACGCUAGCCCUUCCACCCUCUCGGAGUCCCCGUGUCAUGCCUCUCCUGUUAGCACCUUGCUGCUGGUGGACUGCAGGAAAACAAUGGGGCUGAGUGGAACUGUGGGAGGAGGAGAAGAGAGGAAAGGAUCAGAUUUGACUCAAAGAGAAAGACCAGACUCAGAGGAACCAGAGCCAGGGACGUCCAAACCAGCAAGACGACACCAGUGCUCCCACUGUGGAAAGAGUUUUAACCAUAAAGCACACCUGAAACAACACGAGAUAAUACACACAGGGGAGAAACCUUACCACUGCUCCCAGUGCGGGAAGAGUUUCGUCCGUUUGGGGGAGCUGAAACAACAUGAGAGAAUACACACAAGAGAGAAGCCUUACCGCUGCUCCCAGUGUGGAAAUAGUUUCAACCAUUCAGGGACGCUGAAACAGCAUGAGAGAAUACACACAGGAAAGAAGCCUUACCACUGCUCCCAGUGUGGAAAGAGUUUCAACCGGAAAGAGACCCUGAAAGCUCAUGAGAGAAUACACACAGGAGAGAAGCCUUACCACUGCUCCCAUUGCGGGAAGAGUUUCAACCGGAAAACAUACCUGAACCAACACGAGAGAAUACACACAGGAGAGAAGCCUUACCACUGCUCCCAAUGUGGAAGUUGUUUCGUCUGUCCAGGGGAUCUGAAACAACAUGAGAGAAUACACACAGGAGAGAAGCCUUACCACUGCUCCCAGUGUGGAAAGAGUUUCAACCGGAAAGCAUGCCUGAACCAACACGAGAGAAUACACACAGGAGAGAAGCCUUACCACUGCUCCCACUGUGGAAAGUGUUUUGUCUGUUCAGGGGAGCUAAAAAAACAUGAGAGAAUACACACAGGAGAGAAGCCUUACCACUGCUCCCAGUGUGGAAAGAGUUUUAACAAUUUAGGGAACCUGAAACGACAUGAGAGAAUACACAUAGGAGAGAAGCCUUAUCACUGCUCCCAGUGUGGAAAGAGUUUUAACAAUUUAGGGUACCUGAAACAUCAUGAGCGAAUACACACAGGUGAGAAGCCUUACCACUGCUCCCAGUGUGGAAAGUGUUUCAACCGGUCAGGGGGGCUGAAACGACACGAGAGAAUACACACAGGGGAGAAGCCUUUCCACUCCUCCCUAACAUCCCUGACCAUGAGCUCACUAAACUACUCCUCCCUUACUAAUGAAGAGGGGGUCUGCUGUAUGGAGAAAGAAUCUUUCAGAAUGAAAAAGGAGGAAGAGGAGGCUGUUAUAGUGAAAGAAGAGAAAGAACCGUUUAGAGAGGAAGAUGAUGCUAUCUCAAUAAAGGUGAAGGAGGAAGACUUUUUGGGAGUGAAAGAGGAAGAGACAGAAUAUCAGAUUAACACCAGAGAGACACAUGACUAUCGUGGAUCCUCUGGGAAGCCUCAACAACAUCCUGAUGCUGACGAGGAAGAGAAGAGUCUCUCCAGAUCAGAACACCAGAUGGACAACGCUAGCCCUUCCACCCUCUCGGAGUCCCCGUGUCAUGCCUCUCCUGUUAGCACCUUGCUGCUGGUGGACUGCAGGAAAACAAUGGGGCUGAGUGGAACUGUGGGAGGAGGAGAAGAGAGGAAAGGAUCAGAUUUGACUCAAAGAGAAAGGCCAGACUCGGAGGAACCAGAGCCAGGGACGUCCAAACUAGCAAGACGACACCACUGCUACCACUAUGGAAAGAGUUGUAACCGGUUAUGGGACCUGAAACAACAUGAGAGAAUACACACAGGAGAGAAGCCUUACCACUGCUCCCAAUGUGGAAAGUGUUUCAACCAGAGAGUAUACCUGAAACAACAUGAGAGAAUACACACAGGGGAGAAGCCUUACCACUGCUCCCAGUGUGGAGAGCGUUUCAACUGGAAAUCAAACCUGAAAGCCCAUGAGAGAAUACACACAGGAGAGAAGCCUUACCACUGCUCCCAAUGUGGAAAGUGCUUCAACCAGUCGGGGGACCUGAAACAACAUGAGAGAAUACACACAGGAGAGAAGCCUUACCACUGCUCCCAGUGUGGAAAGAGUUUUCGCCGGAAAGCACACCUGAAACAACAUGAAAGAAUACACACAGGAGAGAAGCCUUACCACUGCUCCCAGUGUGGAAAGAGUUUUCGCCGGAAAGCACACCUGAAACAACAUGAAAGAAUACACACAGGGGAGAAGCCUUACCACUGCUCCCAGUGUGGAGAGCGUUUCAACUGGAAAUCAAACCUGAAAGCCCAUGAGAGAAUACACACAGGAGAGAAGCCUUACCACUGCUCCCAAUGUGGAAAGUGUUUCAACCAGAGAGUAAACCUGAAACAACAUGAAAGAAUGCACACAGGAGAGAAGCUUUACCACUGCUCCCAGUUUGGAAAGAGUUUCAACCAUCCAGGGAAGCUGAAAGCUCAUGAAAGAAUACACACAGGAGAGAAGCCUUACCACUGCUCCCAGUGUGGAAAUUGUUUCAACUGGAAAUCAAACCUGAAAGCCCACGAGAGAAUACACACUGGAGAGAAGCCUUACCAUUGCUCCCAAUGUGGAAAGUGUUUCACCCGGUCGGAGAUGCUGAAAGCUCAUGAAAGGAUACACACAGGAGAGAAGCCUUACCACUGCUCCCAAUGUGGAAAGUGUUUCAACCAGAGAGUAAACCUGAAACAACAUGAAAGAAUGCACACAGGAGAGAAGCUUUACCACUGCUCCCAGUUUGGAAAGAGUUUCAACCAUCCAGGGAAGCUGAAAGCUCAUGAAAGAAUACACACAGGAGAGAAGCCUUACCACUGCUCCCAGUGUGGAAAUUGUUUCAACUGGAAAUCAAACCUGAAAGCCCACGAGAGAAUACACACUGGAGAGAAGCCUUACCACUGCUCCCAAUGUGGAAAGUGUUUCACCCGGUCGGAGAUGCUGAAAGCUCAUGAAAGGAUACACACAGGAGAGAAGCCUUACCACUGCUCCCAGUGUGGAAAGCGUUUCAACUGGAAAUCAAACCUGAAAGCCCACGAGAGAAUACACACAGGAGAGAAGCCUUACCACUGCUCCCAAUGUGGAAAGUGUUUCACCCGGUCGGGGAUGCUGAAAGCUCAUGAGAGAAUACACACAGGAGAGAAGCCUUACCACUGCUCCCAAUGUGGAAAGUGUUUCAACCAGAGAGGAAACCUGAAACAACAUGAAAGAAUACACACAGGAGAGAAGCCUUACCACUGCUCCCAGUGUGGAAAGUGCUUCAACCAGUCGGGGGACCUGAAACAACAUGAGAGAAUACACACAGGAGAGAAGCCUUACCACUGCUCCCAAUGUGGAAAGUGUUUCAACCGGUCAGGGGAGCUGAAACGACAUGAGAGAAUACACACAGGGCAGAAGCCUUACCACUCCUCCCAGGGUGCAAAGCUUUUGCCCAUUUAGGAAGCCUGAAAGAACACAUUAGACUGCACACAGAGGAGAAGGCUUAUAAAGGCUCAAACUGUGGGAAAACAUAUUACUCAUAACAGUCAUUUAAAUGUCAUUAGAGAAUCCACACAGGAGAGAGAAAUUACUUCUCUUAGCGUGUAUGUUGAUAUUUCACAUCACAUUGACUUAAAAUUCAUCAGAGAACAUACACAGUGCUCCCGUUGUCUUAUAUUGUUGACUGACAAUGUGUUUACCUGUCUUUACCAGAUGAAAUUAAAUGGUACAGGGUAUACUCAAACAUAUAUUUGUUUGUUUUUAUUAGAAAACAUGAAGUGAAUAUGGAGUCUGUCAGUUUGAAUAUAAAGUAGAUCAGGUUCCUUCUUUUAAACUGUCCUUUUUUUAAACUCUUUGUGUUUAUCUGGGUGUGUCAUUCCUCCAGCACUACAGAUAAUCAAGUGAUAUUUGGAUGCGAUGCAUUUGUUCCAUUGUUGACGUUUGCAUUGUUGGCCCACUGAGGAUUUAAUGAAAUGAAAAUGUUCAGACUCUGUAAUGGAAAACGUUAGUUGUUUGUCUGUCCACAUAACUGAGUAUGUGACUAACCUUGUGAAACUGUCCUAUUAUAAUCUCCUGUUCUUGGGAGGAUCAUUCUGUGUUGCAAACCAGCUGCACCUGCAUCCUUGUAUGAAUAAAGUCCCUCCCAGGAACAGGAAACUAUAAAGAUAUGUGCUCAUCACCCAAUGCUUCAGGAAUUCAGACGGUCUACACUGCGCUGUGUAACUCUGUUAUUCUCUCUGAGCUCAGAAAUAAAGAGACUUGGUUUGACUUGGACUCCAGCAGAUCCUUAGUUUAUAAUAUCCACCACAACUCUCCCAAGGAUUGCUGUUUAUCAUUGUCUCAAUGAAGAGUUCCUCUUUCGACUU